AUAAUAACUUAAAACUAAAAAAAUAAAUUGAAAAACAAAUGAAAAAGAGCAAAACUUAAAUUUGGAGAAGGGGGUAAAAUUAAAAGAAAAACGCGACAAUUUGUUUCUCCUAAAUUCUGACCAGUUCCGAGAUUAAGGUCGAAAAGCCAUGGAAGAGAUGUCGGGUUCAGCAACGGCAAUAAAUUCUUCCAAUAUUGGAUUUCAGCUAUUGAAGAAACAAGGUUGGAAAGAAGGGACUGGUCUUGGAGUAUCUGAGCAGGGUAGAUUAGAACCUGUGGAAACUUAUGUAAAGAAUAAUAAACGAGGUUUGGGAGCAGAAAAAGGGAAGAAAAAGGCCGUGAAAGUGAAACCGGAUCAUAGCGAUUCCUCUAAAGGGACCAGUGAACAGGAUCAUUUACCUAAAAAGAAAAGCAAAACAUUGUCUAAACGGAUGAGAAAGAUGCAGGAGUUGGAGAAGAAAAUGCAAGAGAAGGAGUUUGAACGAGCUUUUUUCAGAGAGUUCUGGCCAGAAAAUGUAUAAAAGAGAAUCAAGUAGUCUAUAUUCUGUCAGAAGUAGAGAAGAUUUCAGAACUCGUGCAAAUUGGAUCUCCUGGGUGUUUUUUCCAGGAUACAGGAGUUAUGAAAGGCCAUUGCGAAAUGAAGGAAUUAUGUGCAAAUAUUAUUCACAUUAUCUUGUGAUAUAUGUAAAAGGGGGGAAACAUUGUAUUACUAUUUCGUUUUUUUACGAAGUGAACAUGUAAAGAGAGAUGAACAUUUUUUUUUUUUACGAA